UAUGGAGGGAGGGACCUACAUUUGAUCUUUUUCACUCUCUGUGAACAGCUUUCAGUUCUCCUGGACUGAGUUCACUAAAAUGGCAUUUUUCCACCUAGUUUUUGGUUUGCUCUGCAAAGCCCUUCUUGUCCUGUUCUCUCUCCUCUUCAUUGCCUUUCUGGGUUACUGCUUGUACCUUAAGUACAUUCAUAUGAAAUAUGACCACAUACCAGGGCCACCAAGGGACAGCUUUUUUUUUGGCCAUUCACCAACACUUCUGAAGAUAAUGAAAAAAGAUGGCUUAGUGCAUGACAAAUUCCUAGAAUGGUCUGAGACUUACGGACAUGUUUGUAGGAUAAACUUUCUGCACUAUGUCAGUAUAUGCAUCACGUGUCCAGAAGCAACAAAGGAAAUCCUAAUGUCCCCAAAGUACACCAAGGAUAAAAAUGUCUACAAAAAACUCUUUAAUCUUUUUGGUCAAAGGUUUUUUGGCAAUGGCUUGAUAACAGCUCGGGAUCAUGAGAUGUGGUACAAACAGCGCCGGAUAAUGGACCCUGCCUUUAGUAGCUUGUACUUGAGAGGUCUGAUGGGGACCUUUAACGAGAGAGCAGAGAAACUCAUGGAUAAGCUCUCAGAGUUAGCUGAUAAUAACACAGAGGCCAAGAUGCUUCAACUUAUCAACUGUGUCACGCUUGAUGUCAUUGCUAAGGUUGCUUUUGGCAUGGAGUUAGACCUCCUGAACUAUACAUCACCUUUCCCCAAAGCCAUUGAGACAGUUCUAAAAGGGAUGAUGCACUAUGUAAGAGACUUCACAUAUGAGUACUUUCCUAGGAACAAACAAUUUGUUAAUGAAGUGAGGGAAGCUUGUCGUUUUCUGCGGAAAACUGGAGCUGAACUGAUCCACAAGAGAAAGAUGGCUAUACAAAAUGGAGAGGAUGUUCCAAAGGAUAUUCUCACACAGAUCAUCAAGACUGCAGCCACAGAGGAAGUCAUGACUGAAGAAGAUGAGGAGUUUAUGUUGGACAAUUUUAUAACAUUUUUUAUUGCAGGUCAAGAAACAACAGCCAAUCAACUCGCUUUUUGCGUCAUGGAACUUGGAAGACAUCCUGAAAUCCUGGAGAAAGCAAAGAAAGAAGUGGAUGAUGUUAUUGGGAUGAAACAAGAAAUAAGCAAUGAUGACCUCGGGAAACUGGUCUAUCUCUCACAGGUGCUCAAAGAGACUCUGAGGAUCUAUCCAACUGCUCCAGGAACAUCCCGUGACAUAGAGGAAGACAUGAUAAUCAAUGGUGUUCACAUACCUGGAGGGUUCAGUGGUGUGUUUAGCACCUAUACUACUGGGAGGAUGGAAAUGUUCUUCAAGGAUCCUCUGAAAUUUGAUCCAGACAGAUUUCAUCCAGAUGCUCCAAAGCCUUAUUACUGCUACUAUCCCUUUGCUCUUGGUCCACGCUCAUGUCUAGGGUUGAACUUUGCUCAGAUGGAAGCUAAGGUGGUGAUGGCAAAACUGCUUCAGAGGUUUGAAUUCAACCUCGUCCCGGAUCAGACCUUUGACAUAGAGGACACCGGCACCCUGAAGCCAAAGAGUGGAGUGAUCUGUACCAUCAGACACAGGAAAUACAAAAAAUAAGCACAAAAAAAACAAAACUUUACAACAGAAUUAAUUGUUUUUGUGGUAAAACUGCAUCUCUUGCUUUACUGCUGACUUAAUCAAUAUAUGUUGGUAAUGAACAGUACAUUUAUCUAUAUAUUUGCACUAUGCUCUGUAUGAUGCCUUCAGUUUCCUAUAAUUUGACUAAAGCCUUACCAUUAUGGGCAAUCUACACAGGGGGGCGCUGUGAUCUCUUUAAAUUAAUGGAUGGAUAGCAUUUGUUUAAUUGCACUGGAUGCUGAACAUAUUUUAGAAAUGCAAGUAAAUUAGAUUAUAUUUUGUUUAGAUGUAAAAUAUUUAUUGUUGUUUAAUGUGACAAAUGAAAAAUCCAAAGAAACAGUACAUUUUCUCUUUUCAAUGGUAACCUUUGGCUUAUUUCUUUGGUGUUAACACUAUUUUUUGUAUAUCAAUUUAUACAAAGCAGAUUUUGAUUCAGACCCCAAAUUUAAUGUUUAAUUUUGAAACAUGUUGCAGAACUUGCACCAUCUCUUAAAUUGCUUUAAAAAAAUCCACUGAAAUGGAAUAAACAUAAAAAGUUUCUCCUUUUACCUUAUUGUUCUCUGUUCUUUUCAAUUAUUUUCUUUUUGUUUGAAUAAAGAAUAACCAAAUACACAAUCUUCUUUUUUGAUUAAUUUUCCUGUAAGUUAGCUUAGCCAUUCUUCUGGCUAAAUGUUCAAUUUAAACUGAAAUUUGUACAUUUUCACAACUUCAUGAUUUUAAAAGACAC